GCCGUGUGACGUCACGGCGGGAGGGAUUAUCGCCUCCGCGUGACGUCACUACCCAAUGACGUCAUAUGGGUGUUGAAUGGCGUGGGCAGGGCCGGGGAGGGGUGAGAGUGCCAGGGUGGCCUCAGGGUCGAUGUCCCCCAGGAGCCGCCAUGGCAGCCGCCCCCCGUGGGGCCGCAGAGCCCCGGCAGAGCCCGGAGCAGCGGCGAGCUGCCGACAUCAUCCGCCUGCUGACGCUCUACCGGCCCCUGCUCGACGCCUUCAUCAUUGAUUUCUUCACCGAGGAUCUGUGGGCCCAGCUGCCCCCAGCCUGGCAGCCUGCCCUGGCCGCUGCCACCCCGGUGCAGCUGGCCGGGCUCCUGGGGGGCCGGGGGGGCCCGGGGGCCGCCUGGCCGCUGUCCCUGCUGGCCUUUGGGGCCGCUGCCCGCGCCCUGGCCUUCCCCCGGGGCUGCCCGGGAGCGUCCCCGCGCCCCCCGUGCCAGAGCUCUGGGCUGCCCCCGCUGUUGCGCCGCCACGUCAAACCCAAAAAGCAGCACGAGAUCCAGCGCCUGGGCAAGCUGCUGCGGCGGCUGAGCCGCGCCACCGGCUGCGAGUGCGUGGUGGAUAUUGGAGCGGGGCAGGUGAGAGCAGGGGGACACGGAGAGGGGGUGGUCCUGGGGAUCCCCCCAGCCCAGCUGAGCCCGUGUCCCUCCCAGGGCAUCCCCCCAGCCCAGCUGAGCCCGUGUCCCCCCCAGGGCCACCUGUCCCGGCUGCUGGCCUUCAGCCUGGGGCUUAGGGUCACCGCAGUGGAGAGCGACGCCCGCCUGGUGGGCCUGGCCCAGCGCUUUGACCAGGAGCUGCUGCGGGAGCUGGCCAAAACCAGGGGCCUGGCACACAGGAGACCCCCCCUGUGCCCGCUCACCCCCCGUGCCCCCCGGCACGUGGCUGGCCGCCUGGACCCUGCAGCUCCCUGGGGGGAGUUCCUGCUGCACCCCGACCCCCCAGGAGCCGGCCCCGCUGCCCGGAACCCGCUGGGGGGCCCGGGGGGCUCUGAGGACGGGGAGAGGGUCCUGCUGACGGGGCUCCACGCCUGCGGGGACCUUGGCCCUGCCCUGCUGUGCCACUUUGCCCGCAGCCCUGCCGUGGCUGCCGUGGCCUUGGUGGGCUGCUGCUACAUGAAGCUGUCGAGCGCCCCGCAGCAGCCCCCUGGCUACCCCCUGAGCGCCUCGGUGGCGGCGUUGCCGGGCCACCAGCUGUCCUACCGGGCACGGGAGGCCGCGUGCCACGCGCUGGAGGAGUACCAGGGCCGGCUGCGAGGGGGCGGUGCCCACCUGCGUGCCCACUGCUACCGCGCCGUGCUCGAGAGCCUGAUCCGUGCUGCUGAGCCCAGCAAGAAGCACCUUGGCCUGCAGCCUGGCAGGAAGGCACACACCCUCAGCUUCCCCCAAUACGCCCAGCUGGGGCUGCCCCUCGCGGGACUGGACCCUGUGAGGGUCCCACUGGACUCGGGGGCCGUGGGGGCCAUGCUGGAGCAGCAACACAAGGUGGUGGCGUUCUACACCCUGGGGCAGCUCCUGGCACCUGUCGUGGAGACCCUCAUCCUGCUCGACCGGCUGCUCUACCUGCGGGAGCAAGGUUUCUACUGUGCCCUCGUGCCCCUCUUCAACCCUCGGUUCUCCCCGCGGAACUUUGUGCUGGUGGCCGCACGGACCCCGCUGGCCACAGCACUGGCUGGGCUGGCCAAGGACAGUGAGGAUGGGCACAGCAGCGAGGAUGAGGAUGUGGAGGAAGCAGAGUUCCCCAGGGAGGGGCAGAGUCCCCAAUAAACCCAGGAUUUGUACA